AUGGCUUCUGAAUCAUCCCUUUGGGUAGUUCGAAACACCUCGGAUUAUCUUGAUCUUUACGACACAUAUGGGUGGGACAACAAAAACUACUUCACGAUGAUGCUACAUCAUGGAGGAAAUUUCGAAUACUACCCAAAUCGCGAUUACGAUGGAGGCAAGAUUGACUAUAUAGACUUCAUCGAGGUUGAAACUUUCUCCCCAAAGGUAUUUCAAAGCAUCUUAACUUCUUUUGGUUAUGAUGUUGAGACAACAUAUGCAUACUCUCUAGUCUCCUUUGCUCCCUUAGACGUUGGUCUAAACAAGCUUGCUUAUUGGAAUGAUUUCAUUAACUUUGUCAAAAAGGUUAAAACGGAAGGGUUUUUUUGUGUUCAACAAGUUUAUUUGGAGCAUAAUCAAACCACUGUUACAAACUUCUUCCCAAAUACUUUAAACUUUGCAACAAACAGUUAUCUGUGCACAAAACUCUAUUCAUCAGUUGCAUCAAAUCCAAAAAUUACUGUUUGGGAGGCUAGGAUCAUGCUUUUUGACAAAUUCAACUUUUGGAUCAAUGUUGACAAACUCAUUGAAGCUUUGGAUUACACCAAGUAUCAAGUGAAUCUUCUGGGGAAGUAG